AUGCGUGCCUCCACCAUCUUCGCCCUCAUCGGCUCGGCCAUCAUGGUCUCUGGCGCCGCCAUCCCCGUCGAGCAGAAGCGUGACGCCGUCGCCUACGCCGUCCCUAGCGAGCAAAUGGACCAGUUGACCAAGAUUCUCGGAAGCAUCGUCGGCAACGGCAACGGCAACAAGGACAACGGCAUUGGUAACGGAAACAAGGACAAUGGCAAUGGAAACGGCUCUGGCAACAAAGAUAACGGCAAUGGUAAUGCGAUUGGCAACCCAGGAAGCGGUAACAAGGAUAACGGCAACGGCAACUCCAUUGGCAACGGCUUUGGAAAGGGUGCCGGUGCUGGCGCUGGCAGCGGUAACGGAAACGGAAACCAGGCUGGCAAUGGCAACACCUUCGGCAACGGCAACGACCUCGGAAGCCUCGAUCUCGGUGGAAUCCUGAACGGCUCUGGCAACGUACGUCCCGUCAUCAACAUCAUCCUCCUGUGA